UUUUUUUUUUCAUUAUCAAUAAUUAUUUGUAUAUACAUAUUAUCAUAUUUGGGUCAUAAUACCUCAAUAACAAUAGAAUGACUCCUUCACUUAAAUUCAUAUGGACAAUAUGCCUUUCUGGCUUGGCAUGUUUCAUUCUUUUAUUUAUAAAAAUUCAAUGGCAAACUACUGAUUUUGUUAUUCAAAUCAGUAGUAUACAUAACAACAAUUACUUUUCAUCAUCAUCAUCAAUCAGUGACGAAAAAUUCAUUACUUAUCUUCCUCAUUCUGGAUUACAUAACCAACGUAUUGCUUUGAUUAAUGCUAUGGUACUUGCUAAACAACUAAAUCGAACUUUGAUUAUGCCAGAAUUAAAUAUGGGUCGAGCCAAUUACUGGAGAGAAUCUAAAAAAUUGGAACGUCAACUUAGUGAAUGUCCUUUACGAGCUACUAUCAAUAAGGCAGCAGUUGGUCAUGGCACAUCUUGCUCCGGCUAUUCUCGUUAUGUACCCAGCACUGUGUCCAAUGUGUUUGAUCUAUCGGCGUUAGCGCCAUUGGGGAUUCGGGUGACACAAAGAUACAACAUGGGCUUGGACUAUUUUGAACGUGUCUAUGGUGCAUCUCCUUCUGACAUGGUAUAUAUUCGUGAUUCCAGUCGAUUUUCUUAUCGUAUUUAUGAUCAUCGUAACAAUACAAUGGAUAUUAAGAAUUUUGAACAAAGAAUCGAUAUUGAAGAUUUACAAGCACGAUCGGAAAAGAUCAUGGUAUUUGGAUCUCUUUUCAGUUCCUUCCGUUUGGCUUUGGAAAAACCAGAGUGGGUGUGGCUUUGGGAUCAUCUUUUCACAGAAGUAGCUUUUCAUCAUCCUACUGUUAUUCAACAAUCUUUAGAUAUUAUUGGUAGACUUGGUGGUCCUGGUCAAUUUGUAAGCGUUCAUGUACGAACAGGUGAUGGCGUCUUCAAGCAUGUUAUGGAUCAAACCUUUGAACAAGUACGAUCCCGUUUAUCCUCUAACAUGGAUAACAAUGAUUUGGCGGUGAACGAUACAACCUUAUCAUUAGAUACUCUUGAUUCAUUAGAAUCUAUACAAGAUCCUACUGGUCGAUUAGAUGCUUGUUUACGAUUACAACCACUAAAUCCUUUUAUCUCCAAAACCAACAGUACUCUCAAUCCUCGAUUACGACUUAUAUAUAUGGCAACAGAUGCUCCUGAUCCUCGUCGUACUUUACAUCUUCUUUAUACUGAAUUUCCAUGUCUUUUCUCAUUAUCGGAUUUUCCUGAUGUUAUCACCAAUACAUUAUCAGCAACAGCUCUUAGUCCUUUUGUAGAAGAUCAACAACCAAGUCGAUUAGGUCCUCUUUUGUUCCCUUUGAUUGAUGCUGAAGUAGCUUCUCAUGGUUCAGCCUUUGUCGGUACAGCUAAAUCUACCUUUAGUAAAUAUAUCUCAUAUCGUAAUAAUCGUUUUUUAAAUUUUUAUCCAAUUCCUAAAGAAUUGUAAAAACAUUGUAUAUUAUUCUUCUUUUUUAUUUUAUCAUAUCAUUCUUUUGUAUAUAUAUAUUUUUUUUCACUUUCUAUUUACAAAAUAAAUAAAAAAAAAACUUUCUUUUUUUGACUUGAA